AUGACGCUGCAAUGGACUGCUGUUGCCUUCUUUCUCUAUAUGGAGAUUGGAAUCCUUGUCAUCCUCUGCCUGCCCUUCAUAUCGGCUAAGAGGUGGCAGAGUGUUUUCAAUUUAAGGAUCUGGAGCCCACUUGCCCACUUUUGGAACAAAGUUUUUCUUACAAUGAUUGUCAUUCUUAUUGUCCUUUUCCUCGAUGCAGUCCGUGAGGUGAGGAAGUACUCUGUUAAAGAUCUGGGCACAGAUGCCAAGCUGCUACCAAACAUGCAUGACCACAUGCACAUGAAGCUUUUCCGAGCCCAGAGGAACCUGUACAUUUCUGGUUUCGCUGUCUUCCUUUGGCUGGUUAUGAAGCGAGUGGUCACCUUGAUUAACCAACUUGCUUCAGUGUCUAUGACCACUGCGGCUCUGCAGGCACAGGCUGAAAAUGCAAACAAAGCCGCCCAAAAGUACAUGGAGGACAACGAGCUGCUCAAGAAGACUCUGAUGGAGGGGACAGGCGACGAAGCAACUGCACAGGGUAUGGAGCUGUUGAGGAAAGAGGUUGAGAAAUUGCAAGAAGAACUGAAGGCAUCAGCAGAAGCAGAUAGGAGAGAAUUUUCCUUCCUUGCCCAUCAGCACAAUGAGAUGUCCACCUUGUGUUGCACCAUCAGGAAGAUUUCCCAUUGA